UGCUGAUGUUACUACGGAUACAGGAUACAGGCAACAUUUAUCUGUGGUACCUAGGACUGCACCUUUUACUGAGGAGCAGUUGCAGAGUUGGAGCAGAAAGAUUUAACAGGUUUUUAAAGGCAGAAAAACACAAACAGGUAAGUCAGGGGCCGGGCUAGAAUAUUAAUUCUGUCCUUGGGUUUUGAAUGCUAACAUCUCUGGAUAUUUGAUCAGGAACCUGUAAAUGUAUAUGUGCAUGUGAUUAUCACACACAGAUAUGUAGAAUUUGUGGAUGUGCAAGUGGCUAGCCACAAUAUCUCUUGAAACAUUUGAAACUUCAAAUAUACGCUACCUGGUUAGUUGAUUUAAUUUUAUUACUAAUCAGUGUGCAUAAAGUAAUAUAUUGCUUGGUAUAAGCAGAAAUAAAAUACAUGCAAAGAGCUAUAACAGAAAUUACUUGUAGAGAGGUAUAACAAGGAUGAAGAAUUGGGAAUACUAGAAGAGGGACACAAUACAGAGAUACCUUUACAUUGAAAGAGGCAGAUGACGGAGCGUUUAGCAUAAGAAGGUUGGGAUAAAAUACUAAGAAAUAUAACUUAUGUAGGAUAAAAUACAGAUAAUUCCAAUACACAAAGGUUUAGCAGAUGCUUAAUAAUAGACAGAAAUACAUACAAGAGAUAUAACUACACACCUAAGUCCAUAAAUGAGACAAGAGUGUGAUACCAUCAAAACUGUGAAAUCCUGUUAAGGGGUUCUGGGGUCAUAAUUGUCAAUAGACAUAAAAGGCAUGAGACCGAUGGUUAACUGGUUUAUGAAUUUCUACAGAAAUUGAGAAAUGAUUAUUUUCCCUUAACACAUGAUUCAGUGUUCCAUGAAAUUUAGAUUACAUAUUUCUUUUUAAACUUGGGGUAGGAUUGGUGUUUCUUUUAUAUUUGGACAGAACCAGGAAGGAUCAGCUGAGACUAGUGCGGUACCUGUGCCCCUCUGAAAUUACUGACUCAUACGGGGAGGAGCUGGGGAGAGAGAUAAUAUGGUGUUUACUCACUAAAUAUGGAAUUGAAAAUAAAAUUGCUAAACUUGGGCUAAAAGAGCCUCACCAUGACUUUUACAGUGUUAGAGAUUUUAUUUUAAAAAAAGAAGCUGUAUUUGCCUAAUUUUGGUAAUUUGAUUAUCAAUUCAUUUUUUUUAGUGAAUCGACCAAAAUGUGAUUUUUUUUUUCUCUCCAGUUCCCCUUCCAGCAUAUGGGAGGGGCUAAAUUAAUCUCGGAGUUCUAUGGAGUGCACCAGGUACAGCCACAUGUAUGCAUGCUGCACUGACAUUAGAGAGAUUGUAUUGCAGAGCUAGAAACAUAGCUGACAUUGUGAUGGUUUAUCUACUUUUUUGGCCUAGAUUUGCAAUUCCCUCAUUAAAGGAACACUCUGGGCACGGUAACAACUUAAUCUCAAUAAAGUUGUUAUGGCGCCACAAAGUCCUCGAUGCCCUCUUACCUUAAGAGGUUAAACAAUUUACAAAUGGUUGUGAAGACAGAGGCUAUUUUCUCCUCCCCCUGUCUUCUGGGUUAGUCAACCUAUCACUAGCUCCCUAUGCACGAUCCUUUGUGAGCAAAGUAUGAACAUUUUAUGGUGUUAUGGUGCCCAGAUUACAUGAAAAGCUAUUAUUCUGCAAAAUAUCCUGCUCUAAAAACCAGGUAAUUGAGUUGGAUAACUUUUACAAUUCAACAAUUUUGUUGUCAGUCUGACAAUUUCUAAUUGAAGGAAUAAAAUAAGUGCCAGGAACACAAAGCUGUAUUCCUGGCCUAUGGCUCCCUCUGGCUCCCCCUCUCUCACAUUCCCCCUCCCCCUUUUGUAGGUUCUCAACGUUGGCCCUUAGUGCCUUCAAACACUGGUAACAGAAUGCCCACACAUCAUUUUAAAAUUAAACUUAGAAUUGUUUUAUUAAAGGGACACUAUAGUCACCGGAACAACUACAGCUUAAAGUAGUUGUUUUGGUGUCUAUAGACUGUCCCUACAUUCAGAGAAAAGGCAGUGUUUACUUUACUCCCUAGGAACACCUCUAGUGCAGCACUCGCAUUCAACGUCUCCAUGCUCUGCAUGGCGGUGCUGUACGUUUCCCAUAGAGAUGCACUGAUUCAUUGCAUCUCUACAAUGAGAUGCUGAUUGACACAGUGCGGUAUUUUGCCAUGCACGUGCAAUAGCUCCCCAAUAGCUUCCCAAGCACUGAAUUGGCUGAGAUCUUCAAAUUUGAUUAUCUCAGCCAAGGAGCGAGGUGGGGCCAGUCCUGACAAGACUAGCAUGGCACUGGACCUAACAGCAGUAUUAGAACUAUGGUAGCAGGAAUAAAUGUUUGUAUUGCUGACAAUAUUGUGUUCAUUUAAGCUAUACGACAUGCAUUAUAUUAAAAAUAUGCUUUGCAAUUUCCAACUAUAUUUAUAUAUUUCCAAGAAAUAGACCAGGUAAUGCCCUCUUUGAAUAUGACCAAAAGGUAAGUGCCUUAAAUGUAAAGGCGCAUUCACUAAACUCUGAAUUAUGGCAAAAUAAGCUCUCAAUAGCAACAUUUAGUCAAAACUUAUUUGGGAACAUUCUCUAACUCAAAUUUAGAUACAUUUGACUAUUUUUUGCCAGUACAGUGUGCCAUAGUUUGUGGCUUAAAUGGCUACUUUAGUUACUGUUUGGAAAACCGUUCAUUCAUUACUUAUCAUAGGUGAGUGGAAAUAGGAGGGGUUUGGUAGGUAAAUUUAUACGGUAUGAUGUAUCAAUGUAUUUUUAGGACAAAAAGAGGACCACCAAGGGUAGGAAUGGGUAGGAGCUUUAUAUUUAGACACAAUACAUCAAUAAUGGAAACACAAUUAAUGGGUAUGGACUCAUUACUGGUCCAGUGGCACUAUACGUUCUUUUUUAAAUGUCACUAUAUGGGAUUGGGGUCACUUGAGGAUCAGUGUCUGGAUACCCCUUCUCUUCUACGACUGGGAGGACAUAUUUUAGACCAAAUGGUAUACUUAUCCCACAAUUGAACAUUUGUUUUCAUCCCAUAUAAUGAUAGAAUAGAGUGGAGAGCAUUGGCAGUGAUCCCCCGUAACUUCGUAUAUUAUUUCCUCAAUCUCUCUGCAUAAGGGUUGAAGGAGAAGGGGGUAAUUGUGAAUUAUGUAGGAUUUUGUUUUUGUAAAGCAAAGCAAGAAGAAGGGUUGGUAGCAGCCAAAUUCACAGGGAAUUAUUUGAGAACAACCGCCACAAUUUAAUAUAUGGAAAUUUGCCGAAUGUGUAUAUACUCAUUAUCCAGGAAUAUGAAUAUAUGCUAGUAGUAUAUAAACACCCAGAGAUAACUAAAUAUGUAAUGAUUCUGACACUCGCCUAUUCUGAUUUAGCAUUUCUCACCAGUCACGCAUUGUCCAAAAUAUAAACUGCAAAAAAAGGUUUCUGUACCUUUGUUGUUGUAAUCUCCCAUCUAUAAAGUAAAGUAAGAAUCUGAUAUAAUGCUGGAAUAACCACGAUUUAGUCAUAUUUCUUUGACUAAAUACACAGAUUUUAUAUUAAAUCAUGUUCGUAAUAAAGAUCCUCAAACAUAUAUAAUUUGUAUAAUGUGAGUGUACACAUUACUUAAUGCAAUUUACCAUUCAGGUAGACCUAGGUUUACAAAGAUGUUCAAAUAACACCGUAUUAAGUAUAUACACACAACACAGAAAUCUGUCAUAUUAUUCUAAAACAGGUUGGUACAGCAACACAUGGUCCCUCUGGGAUGAAGUAGUUAAUUAUCACUUUGCUUUUAAUAGUUUCUAGUACCUGUGUUCCUGGAUACAAAACACAAUCCCGCGGUUCACACCAGGGAUUUCCUCCGUAACAGGGGAAUAAUCCUUAGCUCUGUUGCUACCAACAAAAAAAAAGAUCUGGAGCUGAGUCACUCGAUCAUGUAACAUGCGCAACACACGAACGUUAUUUUAGGGGAAAAGAAGCCAACUUUAACACGGACCAGGCAUGUGAAAUCGCGUCAUGAAAUGCAUAUCAAAACUGUAAAAAAUUAAACUGCUGAGAUGCCUGACAAAUACAGUUAUUUAAACCCAAAUAUAAAUAGCAAGUCACUACAAUUCCAAAAAUAGUCUUGUUGCUAGUCUGGAAACAUACAAUAUAAAUAAACCAAGACAGCUGAUAGAUAGAUAGAUAGAUAGAUUAUUGACAAGAUCAAAAGUCAUAUCGAAAGUCACGUGUACGUAUAUUGUCAUUAGAAACGAUCCACUUAAAACAAUGAUAAUACUUUAUUUUUCUGUGCUUCCAAAAGUGUUUUGUAAUCAAACUUUUAAAUAACUCUAUAAAAGCUGUAAUACAAAAAAAACAACAAAAGUCUGCAAAGUGCAAAUGGAAAUAUUAUUGUGAUGAAUCACCUGCCUAAAGUUGGACUUUGCAAAGUUCUGUGAAAUCACAUUUCCACAGCUAUCCCAGAGUGCCCAGUUUGAUAUGCAAAUGAGCAGACACACAUCAUGCUUCAUAUUUUUUCAAACCAAAGCAUGGGUUAUAAUCCAAAAUCAUCAGUGACCAGAAACGAGACAGGGACUGCAGUGUCGACCAUGUGAGUCUCCGCAGCACGGGGCUGGUUCUGUUCUAUAUAUUGAGUGUGAAUGCAUAGGCAUUUUUGUAUAUAAUGUAACUGUGUGAGUGCAGAUUUGCAUUGGUAUAUAGAGUCAGUCUGUAAAUGCAGUUCAGUGUCAUUGUCUGCCCCAAUUAUCUCGCCAGUUUGUUUUUUCUACAACUCUGUUCCUCUCACCAACCCCAAUGAUCUCUCCCAAACUGAGUGCCCAAGCCCUCAAUAAGUAUAGAUGUAUGUCUGACAAUUUUCCCAUUCCACAUUCGAGGGAACCCUCCCUGACACUGGUGUGAAAGCUCACAAUUGAAUUGUAUUGGUUUUGAAUGCUUGUAUAAAUAAAAAUAAAACAGGACAAUUAACAUAAGAUAUAAAUUUGGCAGAUUUUGAAGGGAAAAAAUUAGAAAUGCAAAUGGUUGUGUCUUGGCUUUUAUAACAUUUAUGAGCUUGGGUAAAUAGGCAGCUAGUUCUUUAUUCCCUUAACUUUGACCAUAUACCAUUUAUUGACUUCAGCAUGUUUUAGUGAAAUAUUCCAUGCAUUGCUACAAAGUGCCCCUUCUUUUUAUUAUUGUUUUCUUCAUAGAUAGAUAGAUGGAUAGAUGGUCAUGGACAAAAGCCAAGGUAGAGAGUAAGCUAAAUGUGGUGAAAGUUGGUUGUGGGGGGGCAGGGCGUGACUGCCAACUGAGUCAGUCGCAUCGUGCUGCAGCUCUUCAUGGAAAAUCACUUACCGCACCUUAAAUUGGGUUUUUAUGCUCCCUUUUCUGGCUCCAAGCUUGUUUUCAUACCUGGGGAGCAUUCUGCUAUAUAUUGAUACCUCUUAAGCCUGAAUCCUACAGACACAGCCCAUGCGAGGCUCCCCUGCUGCCUGUAGUUUCAGUCGAGGGCGGGGAUGUGGCCGAUCCUAGGCCUCGACUUUGAGUCUGCUGAUCCAGAGCCCUGUCCCCCCCCCCCCUUUGGACCAGUGAGGGAUAACCCAGUCCCCACUGGUGUACUGUAGUGGUCACCCUGCCGAAACCACAAGCUACUCGGAGGUCUGGUGGACCAAGGCUAGCAACCAAUAUCGCCGCCCUGCUGAGGCAAGCAGACACAGACAUCUCACCUUGCUCACUACCACACGUGAGCAUGUUCCUCCUGGCCUUUGAUAGCACUUGUGAGCUAUUCUGGACAAAGCUUCAGGCUGGGAAACACACUUUCAACCCAGCUGGCCAGGUCGCUGCCCUCCAGAACCAUCCUGCUACUCAUCGACGCAGGCUUACGCGAAUCUGGCAUCUCCCCAGAGGGACACUGCAGAAGCGACGGCAUAAGCAACCAGCACGGAGGUUACACCUCCCUCACCACUAUGAUCCAUCUGUUCAACGCAACUCGUCUCCUCCAUGGUGAAAUAAGCCGCAUUGCCCAAGGCACAACUUGUCUGCACCAAACACCUACUCAUCUCACCACAGGGCACGCAAUAUAGAGGAACCGCAACAACGAAUCCUGGCUCCCAUCUUGGACACAAUCCCUCCGGACUGUCUGGUGACCUGGCUCAGUUGGAGGGCCCUACUUGGAGGAGCAGAAGGCGGUAACAGUCGGAACUUACCAGCUCUUGGAGUUGGCUGAGUGGACAGUAUGCCUUACCUGUAGCGCGAGGGCUUAAAAUAGUCUGUCUUAUAAUCUUAGCUGUAACUUAGCUUUUGGGCCCUGUUUUUGGCGCAUUAACUACAUGGCUACCCGAGGCUACUUAACCCCUUAAGGACCAAACUUUUGGAAUAAAAGGGAAUCAUGACAUGUCACACAUGUCAUGUGUCCUUAAGUGGUUAACAUACCUAUUGGUAUUUUCAUUUACAUUAUGUUCACUAUCAUAGCCCUGUUUUAUAAUUCUGCUUCUUUUCUUGUUGUAUAUCCCCACGGCAUAGGGCUUUUGAUGUCUUUCUAUUCCCAUACAAAAAUAGUGCAAUCUCUCGACACUUAAUUCAAAGCUUACAUUUUUGUGUAUUAUUACACUUAUUGUGUCUAUUAGAACUUGUCUGUAACACUAUGCACUGCACAAAAUAAAGAUUGUAAAAAAAGAAAAAGAAAGAAAGAAAGUUGGUUGUGGUGUGUCGAAACCAAUGUUUGGGUAUGCCUGUAAAUAAAAAAGCCCCAUCAAGAUGUAAUGUAUGAUAAAGGGAGCCGCGGGUGGGAUGAACCAUACAACGGCCCUUAGUAGACCCAUUGAGCUUAAAUCGUCUGAAUAACUCCUCCCACAACUCCAGAUUUCGCUGCCUUAACAUUUGUUGUCAGAGACAGAAGCCGAGGGAGAGAGUAAGUUGGAUGUGGUUGUUAUUACUGUGAAUGUGAUUUGCACUGGACUAACCUUCUAACCAGCAAUUCAGUCUUUGUGACACACUCUUCUAUUGUAUUUUGCAUUUUUCCAGGUAAGUCAUGUCUGGAGUAUCUCAGUUGGAAAGAGAGAUGAUGACAAAAGCUCAGCGCCAGUACCCCCGGUGUCAGGACCCAGUGGAGAAACUAAGGCUCCAGUGCCUAGCUAGAGGGGCUUCUGGAAUAAAGGGUCUGGGCAGGUAAGUGAAAUAAAGACUAAUUGGGACUUAGCAUUAGUACAAAACAAGAUCAAAACGGUGGAAACAGACCAAAUUACAAACUUCUCUGUGUGUCAUUCUCAGUAUUGUGCAUAUUAGUUAGCCACACGGCUUGUAUCCAAAUAUCAAAAGUUAUGUUGGUAAGCUAUUUAUAAAAUAAGGGUUUUCCAGGUGCUGACUCACUACAUACACUCUGUCUAGGGGUUGAUUUGUACUUUCCAGGUUGUUUAUAGAAUUAUGGAGAAACUACUUCUGAAAGGGUUACUCCAACACUUUUCUAAAAAUCCUUUAUUUAUUUAUGGAUUUUUUAUUAGAAUGCCCUAUUGGAGUUACUCAUUAAGUCUGCCCUUUAAAAAUCAGCAAAUUAAGAGUUAAGCUUACCUUAAAGUGAAUCCCAGUGCUCCUCUCAAUGCAUUAUCUGAUGUCACAGGCUCCCUAGCACAGGCCAAACUACAUGCUUCUCAAUGAGAAGCAUUUGAUUGGACCAUUCUCACCACCUCCGAGUACAUGUGCACGCUUGGAACCAGGUAGGAGAGGGAAGGAGUGAAGGGUGGAAAGGGAGUGAGCAUUGAGGCUCCAAUUAUACAGGGUGGACCAAACUUCAGCAUAGGCUUUGAGGAGUCAAUAACUUUUUUUUAUUAAUGAACCAACUUAAAUGAUAUCACAUACAAUGUAUUUUUAACAUAAGGACAUUUGUUUGACUAGAUUUGGAAGAUGCCAGAAAUUUCUGUAUCUUAUUUUUAUAUUAGUCAACUGUAUUUACCAUUUUCUACCUUUAUGUUCCAACAUUCUUUUUGUUCCCAGUCUUGGUGUUUAUAUCUUUUCCCAUUUUCUGAUUCCCUUGUUUUUUUUCAUUCCCUAUUUUUGACAGGGCAUUCCGUAUCAUGGAUGAUAACAGAAGUAACUGCCUGGACCAAGAAGAAUUCUCCAAGGGUCUUCAGAAUUAUGGAGUAUAUCUACAGCCUGAGGAAGUGCAGGAGAUCUUCCAGCGAUUUGACACAAAUGGAAAUGGAACUAUCAACUUUGACGAAUUCUUGAUUUCUAUCAGGGUAAGAACUGUAAGAAAAAUAUAUCACUGGAGUAGCAAAAAAAACUCCAAGUAGGAAAAAAUGACUGAUAGGAGACAUCAAACGUACAGGUUUCUAUGAAUGUAUAUGUUAAUUAGUUUAAAAAAAAAAAAUUAUAAUAAAAACAAUAGUGAUAUUGUAAUUUUUUGCUUUGUUUUUCAUUUGCAGCCGCCUAUGUCAAAUGCCCGAAGGCAGGUAAUUUUGGCUGCCUUUCAUAAAAUGGACAAGACCGGAGAUGGUCUGGUUACCAUUGAAGAUCUCAAAGGUGUUUACAACCCUAAAUGUCACAAGAAAUACCAAAAUGGAGAAUGGAAUGAGAGACAGGUGUUCCAACACUUUCUGGAAAACUUUGACUCACCUAAUAACAAGGAUGGGCAGGUGUGUCUCAUGACUUGGAAAUAUGCAAUAUGUUGGAUGGUAUUAAACUUACAAAUUGUGAAGGUUCAUGGAGUUAUUCACUAAAGUGAGAAUUCCGAGUGAUUGAGUACCAUAAGUACUUCAGUGAGUUAAAGUGGUCAUGCUGGUAGGAGUCUGCAUGCGCAACAUUUCCGCUGGAAACACUGCACACACAGAGUAAUCAGCACUGGGGACUCGCCACACCCCCAGCACACGUGACACCUAGAUGGGCUGGGAGGACACAAAUAAACACAGAAGGGCUGGGGACGGUGCAAAAGAGACAGACCAGGGCUUGGGAGAGAGACACCUAGAGGAGCUGGGAGGACACAAAGAGACACAGAAGGGUUGGGGACUGGGCUAAAGAGACAGAUAAAAGCUUUAACAUAACCCAUUAGAUUUUAGUUGUGUUGACCAAUAUCUACUAGAAAUGUAGUCAACUAAAACAAUUCAGAAGACUAAACUACAACUAAAACUAAAAUGGCCUUUUGGUCAAAAGACUAUGAAUAAAACCAAAUUUAAAUUUGCCGCUAAAAUGAACACUGCUUCUGAUGUCAGCCAGUGCAUUGUGCAGACCAAUCACAGGCUUCUCAUAUUACACACAUACAUGCACACAAUUAGAAAUACAGAUACGAUCUGAGAACAAAGACUACUCCACAAAAGGAAGCACAAUGAGAUACACCUAAUUCGAUAAUUACUUAUUAAGAAAAAUAUUAGGCCAAUUCUAAUGAAUUAAUCUUUGCAAUAUUAGUGCACGUUGUGUUCCUGUCCAAAUGCAAUACAAAAGCAAUGGUCCAUGGAAAUGAUACAAAAUCAUUUGUUUUCUGGCUACCAAUUCUUCCCUAUAUGUCUCACUCUUUUUUCCUUUAGGUCACAGAGGAAGAAUUCCUGAAUUACUACAGUGGGGUCAGCGCUUCAAUAGACAGUGACGCUUACUUUGUGGCCAUGAUGAAUAAUGAAUGGAAGAUAUAAAAUUGAUGAUUGCAAACUUUGUAUUCAAUAAUUACACAUAACGAUCCACAAUUCUGAAUAUAAUCUUUAGCACUAUCCCACACUUUCUGCCCGAAAGCCUUUAUAUAUGUAACAAGAUCAUCUUUAGCAUGUGAUGCUCAGGAAAAGCAAUCUACUGUUCUGUAGAAAAAUGAUACAAUUUUUUCAGAUAAUUAUCAAAUGGCUUGCACUUUAAACCCAGUACCUCUAAUUCUUUCAGUAUGGCACUGCAGAAAUAUCCACUACAAACGGCAUUUUACGUAGGCCUAUACACCAAGUAAACAUAGUCUGCCUAUUUAAACGUGAAAUCUUCAACCAAAUAAUAGUAAAAAGAUUAUUUACCACCUGCAAUAGUUUCUAACAGGUAAAUGGGGGUUUAUUUAUUUGUGUGCAUGUAGCUUCCAUUUUUGUCUCAGGAGUCAAGGGAUCGCCAAACAGGUGGUUUGCACAUCCGUUUUCAUUAUAAGCAACUUUAGCAAUGAAUAACUCACUCUUCAUAUGAAAUCUAUAUUUAAAAAGCAGAAUAAAAACGUAGUUAAAGGACCACUAUAGUGCCAGGAAAACAUACUCGCCGGGCUCUGGGGAGAGGAAGGGGUUAAACACUUUCUCCAGCGCCGGGCGGGGAGCUUUCCUACCUUUCUCCAGCGCCGGGCGGGGAGCUUUCCUCCUCCUCUCCUUCUUCCUAGCGAUGUCAUCGGCUGAAUGCGCAUGCGCGGCAGGAGCCGCACGCGCAUUUAGCCAGUUCAUAGAAAGGCAUUUACAAUGUGAUUUUCGCAGUGAGAAGAACGCAAGCGCCUCUAGUGGCUGUCAAUGAGACAGCCACUAGAGGCUGGAUUAACCCUCAGUGUAAACAUAGCAGUUUCUCUGAAACUGCUAUGUUUAUAAAAAAAAAAAAAAGGAUUAACCCUAGCUGGACCAGUCACCCAGACCACUUCAUUAAGCUGAAAGUGGUCUGGGUGCCUAUAGUGGUCCUUUAAUGUAUAUUUUCAUGCAUAAACCCAUUUGCCUGCUUAAGUACAUACGGUAAUUGGAAUUAAAUGUAGGUAAUGUUUUAUAUCCCUUACUGCACAGUAGGUAAUGGUACAAUGUGUAAUAUGUGACUGACACUGUGCAAUGCAGGGCCCCUUACUUUAGUCACGUGCCUCAUAUUGCAUGACCUAGACUACCCAUGAGCAGAGCAGUCAUAUUUGUUAAGAGUUCCACAAGAGACUUUAUGAUAUUGUCUAGCUGCACAUUGACACUUUCACAGCAGCUUUCUUCCCAAACACAAUGGAAUCUAAGCCAUAUAAUGAGGCAAUGAAUGCUGGAUCCUGCUUUAUUAGCUGCAAAUGCCUGGAUGUGGGGCAAAUUGGCAUCUACUAAAGAAACAAGAUGUAGCUCUUGAGAUGGCAAAGCGCUCAAUGUAGUGUUCUCCUGAUGUAUGGGGGCUUUAUAAUUAUUCUUCUGAUAAGGAUUAAAGGUCACUUACAUCUUAGACAGACAUAAAAGCCAUUCUAUGUGUCUGCAGCAGAUCUUUUUUGCGAUUAAGAAAGAAGUCAUUGCAACAUUGCCACGUUGCCUUGAUUGAUGAAAAAAUUGGAGACUUGCUCCCUAAACAGAUUUCUGUAGAUUCUGAUGUGAAUCCCUCACCAACUGGAAAAUAAAAUCAUGUUUAACACUUCUAGAUCUUAAAAAUGGGUCGGUGUCACUAGGGAGGAAACCUCUCCAGCCCUACUAUUUAGUGGAGGCUAUUUGUGUGACGAGAUGGUUCUCCAGGUCCAAGUUAUGUCUUUUAUGUUUACUUGCAGGCAUGUUGGCCAAGCUCAUUAGCAUCAUCAACGGCUCUAGCCACCAAAUCUGUCACCUUUAUAAUGUCUGAGUGGCUUAUCUAUCUUAAAAACAAAACAAAAAAAACCAUCCACUUACAACCCUCCAGUUGUACUCAAUUUCCUGCAAAGAGAAUACAGCGUUGGUACUCUGUGUAUGUAAAUGACCCCACACUAGUUCUAUAAAGUAGAAUAAUGUUGAAAGUGUAUAACAAGAGCUCCAUUUUUUUAGAGGACCACAGUUAUAUCUUGUUUCCGCUAAGCACUUUUCUAUCUCUUCUAGGUUCAUCAUUUUUAAUUGUGUUGACGUCUUUUAUUUUCUUUGUAGCAGACAAAGUAAACUGAAAUACUUGGUUAGAACAGCUGAUUAUACAGUUAUAGUCUCUGACAUCGGUUGGUAUUCUAAUACAUUGAAAAUAUUGUCAUCUCUGUAUAUACUGUGUCCAUGUUUAGGCUUCUAAUAAAAACUUAAUUAAAAAAAAA